AUGGGGGGCCCAUGGCAGCCCCCCGGCACCUGCAUGCUGCUGGUCCGGCUGCUUGCACUCCCGAUGCUUUGGGUGCGAGCGACACAUCCCGACUGCUCCGUCGUCCUCUAUUUCCAAGAGCAAGAAGCUGAAUGUCUGGAGAUUAUCAGGACUGAAAGCCAAACGCCAGCCCCCCCGGGACCGCCCAGGCAGCAAGGCUGCCUGACCGAGUGGGAUGGAGUGAGCUGCUGGUCAGCCGUGCCCGUCGGCCAGUCCCGAGCCGUUGCCUGCCCCGACAUCCUCCACGUCUUCAAGAAGUCCAAAGCGCUGAUCCAGAGGAACUGCACCGAGUCAGGAUGGAGCUUCCCCAGCCCUCCCUACUACAACGCCUGCGAGCUGGAGGCCAUUGGCAGCAAUAACGACAACGAGGCCAAGAAAGGCUAUUUUGUCACCAUGAAGGUUCUUUACACCUGCGGCUACUCCACGUCCCUGGCAGCCCUGUUCUUGGCCAUCAGCAUCUUCUCCUGCUUCAGGAAGCUGCAUUGCACCAGGAACUCUAUCCACAUCCACUUCUUCACCUCCUUCAUACUACGCGGGGCCGCUGUGUUCAUCAAGGAUGCCGUCCUCUUCUCAGACGAGUCCAUCGACCACUGCACGAUGUCAACAGUGAACUGCAAAGCAGCCAUCUCCUUCUUCCAGUACUCGGUCCUGGCCAACUUCUACUGGCUGCUGGUGGAGGGCAUGUACCUGCAGACCCUGCUGCUGCUCACCUUCACCUCCGACAAGAGGUACAUCUGGUGGUACAUCCUCAUCGGCUGGGGCGUCCCCAUGCUGACAGUCUGCGUCUGGGUGGUCACCAGGCUGCAGUACGACAACCAUGGGUGCUGGGAUGACUACACCAGUCUCUACUGGUGGGUGAUCAAGGCUCCCAUCCUCCUGGCCAUAUUUGUGAACUUCCUCAUCUUCCUCAAUGUCACCAGGAUGUUAGCGCAGAAGAUCCGGUCCCCGGACAUCAGCAAAAACUACAAGCAGCAGUACAUGAGGCUGACGAAGUCCACGCUGCUCCUCAUCCCUCUCUUCGGGGUGCACUACGUGGUGUUUGCGCUCUUUCCUGAGCACAUCGGUGUAGAUGCCCGGCUGUACUUUGAGCUGGUCCUCGGCUCCUACCAGGGGUUCCUGGUGGCUCUGCUCUACUGCUUCCUGAAUGGGGAGGUCCAGGCUGAGAUCAAGAGGAACUGGGGCAAGUGGCAGUCAUCCAUGGAGAGCAAUGUCUUCAACCUGGCAACCCAAGACUUCACAGCAUGA